UUAGAGUGGAGUUGGGACGACUGAAUGGAGCCAAGCGAGCAUUUACUGGCUUACUUCCUGACACCUACACAGAGUUCACAGCAGAUAUUUUCUUCACGGCCUGAGAGAAACGUCUGUCACUGCCUAGGAUUGAACUCUCAACCUCCUGAGUGUGAGUGCCAGCUCUAUCUACCCCGAUGAUACCUCCAACACCAGGAUUGUCUCUCAGACUGGCAGGCACGUACAACUAUUGUGAGGGACGUGUGGAAGUGUAUUAUGAAGGAGCCUGGGGAACUGUCUGUGGCAACAACUGGGAUAUGAAAGAUGCUCAGGUCGUUUGCCAACAGCUAGGAUGUGGGGACGCUGUAGCAACCCUACCCUGGCCUAAGUUUGGCUCAGGCUCCGGCGAAAUUGUCCUAAGUGACGUCCAAUGCAAUGGAGAUGAAUUCUUUCUGUGGAGUUGUAAGAACCCUGGGUGGGGUGUGCAUAACUGCAAUCAUCAACAAGAUGCUACAGUUCUCUGCACAGGUGAAAAGUAUAAACCAGCUGGAACUGAAGGUGAUGUGAUGUUUGUGGAGCUGGUGGGUGGUCCAGACCGAUGUGCUGGUCGUAUUCAAGUCAUUUAUUUUGCCAACUGGAGAACUGUGGUUUGCGGUGAAGAUUGGGACAUGAGAGAUGCUGAGGUUGUCUGCAAUCAAAUGCACUGUGGCUAUGCUCUUGCUGCCUUGAGCGAUGGCUCUUUUGGUAAAGGGGAGACCGGCCCUUUGAUGACUAAAGUAAAUUGCUCAGGAUCGGAAUACGAUUUAAUGACGUGCCCGUAUGAGUAUCGUCCUGCUACAUGUGGAAAUUACAAAGAUGCUGCUGUUAUAUGCUCAGAUUCUGAAUUGAACCCAACUGGAAUGCCAGGCCUCCUCUGAAAUAAACGAGAAAAAAAUAUUAGCCUAAUAAGAAACUUCCAACUGCUUUCUAUAUCAAGAUACUUCAAGAUAUGAAAAUCAUAAUUCAAUCCAAGUAACUACUAUUUGGCAAAUACAGUAUGGAACACUGUAUCCUACUCUGUAAUGCUUACUUUGGGAAAAGAAAGGAAUUUUCCAGUCACAUUAAACAAAAUGAGUAUGAAAAAGCAUCCCUUGAUAAAGAAUCCAUCAAUGCGUAACUCUCAUUGUAAAGUUUUGCCCAGAGUAAAGAAAGAGCUGGUAUAAUAACUACACUUUAAUUUAUAUGUACUACAUGCAACAUAUAUAGGAUGCUAUUUUUACCUUAUUGUUUCCUACUAUGCCUCCUAUACUAUCUUUAUUGCCUUGUUGGUUCAACUCUCACUACAUAAGCACAAGACAGUAACAAAUCCUGUCCAUAACUGGUUUCUGCGCAGGAUUUACAAACAAUGGGAGAGAUUUUGUUAUAUACUUUUGGAUUCCUGUAACAGAUUCCAGGGAGAGCCAACUGGUACAAAAUGCAGCUAUUAACUAAUGCACAAUCUUAUCAUUUUAUAUAUGAGAUAGAUUAAAAAUUAAAUUUGAAACUGGGCCUAUUUAUAAAGAUCCACUUUCUCAGGCACACUGGAAAGAUCUUUUAUCAAUUCCAAAUUGUGAAAUGCUUUUCCUUCAAAGAUAAUAUUGAUUUCAUCUCUAUAUGAUUCCAAGGGCAGUUUUAAAAAUAGUUACGUUCAUUUUUAAUUUCUGCCAUUAACCUUCUUGAGGUCAAUUGUUGAAAGGCAGCGUAAAAGCCACAUAAAUAUAUAAUGGGAAAAUAAGCAGAUUUUGGCAUAAUAACGACAUUGAUUUAAAAUUAAAAUAAUUGUUCUAUACCCUAAUUGUUAUUUAAUUUAUCUGAUAUCUAAUUGUUAAACUAGAGAGGAAACUAGUACUUCAGUGAUGAUUUUUAAGACAUAAAAUGGAUACUAUUUCCUUUUUUUAGAACAUUUUAAACAUUUCCUUGAAAUAAACCUUACAUGGCUGCAACCUUCAA